AUGGAGCUUAACCAGGCUGUUGAGUGGAGCCGUGAAGAGAAUGUUGACUUGUCUCAUGCUAUUCUUCUUAGCAGAGUGCCACUGGAGGCUACGAAUGAUGUUGUUAGCCGCGUGCUCAGUACAGUGAAAGUCUUCGGUCGGACUCGGAUACGUGGUCGCCGUAGUGACAGCACUGGUAGGCACUUGUACAUUUUAGUGGAGACUUCCGCUGAGUUGGAUCAGAGCUGUGUCCCUCCUGAAGUGGGAGUGGUAGGUGAUGCAGGUCCUUGGGCUGUUCAUGUUGUGAGUAGCUUAAUAACUGCUAGUUCUGUUCCUGCAGGCGAUGAUUUUGAAGCCAAGCUGUCAGCAUUUCUGCAGCAAGAGGGUAAGUCCAUGGGUGAUGUUAAGGCGGCUGUGCUGGGCCCACAGCCUCCUAAACCUGAUGUCAGUUUUGAGCUUGUGCAUGCCAUCGGUCAGCUUGUUGAUCGCUGUAGCCAGGCAUCUGUUGAUGCGCCUGGGUAUAGAAAGCUGAGGCUGUUCUCUGGCCUUCGUCCUGUUCCUGCUGGUGAGGAAGAGUAUGAGGCUUGGAUGGAGCAGGCUACACAGAUGGUCACUGAGUGGCAGUGCAGUGACUCAGCGAAGCGACAGCGCAUCGUUGAGAGUUUGCGUGGGCCUGCUGCAGACAUAGUAAGAUUCUUAAAAGUCAGUAGUCCGUCAGCUACCGCUACUGAUUAUCUCGCUGCUCUUGACACUACUUAUGGUUCUACGGAGUGUGGAGCUGAUCUUAUGGCCUUGUUUCGCCAUACCUUUCAGGACGACGGAGAGAAGCUUUCAGCUUUCUUGUACCGCUUAGAUAAGCUUCUUCACCGCGCUCUUCUGAGAGGGGGGAUUGACGCUGCCGGCCUAAAUCGUGCUCGUCUUGAGCAGCUGUUCAAAGGUGCUCUCACCACUGACAUUGUGGCUUUACGUGUGCGACUUCUGCACACUCUGCAAGCUCCGCCUUCUUUUUCAGAGUUGAUGCGAAGUGUGAGGGAGGAAGAACACUGGGUUAGUGCGAGAGAGAGUGCGAAAGUUUCUGUUUCCUCUGCUGUUACUCCACAGGCACCCGUAACCACUGUUUUUCCUCCAGUGCCCGUGACAGCUGCUGUUGCUCUUCCCCAUGUGCCAGUGAGCCCAGUGGCAUCGGAGGUGGAUAGUCUGAGGAAAGAGGUCAAGGAGCUGUCAUCUUUGGUGUCGAAACUUUUGACUGCUGUCACUGUAGCCCCUGCUACUCCAGUCAGACCAUGUAGCGCAAGCCAGAGCACGGAGACCACUGCCCCAGUUUUUUCCACAAGAACUGUUCCUUCAAGCUUGCCGAAAUCUACAGCACCCACUCCUGUUCCUGGCAUUUUCUGCUAUAAGUGUGGUGAAGAUGGCCACACCACUCGUGAGUGCACGCGUCAUGAGAACUUGCGGUUAGUGAAUCAGAAGCUGCUGAAGAGGGUCAAGCAGCAGGGAAACUCUCCCGGAGCUCAUGUCAGCCAAUCACAACUGCCAUCUGGGUUAGUGGGGCCCUCGGCUGAGGUACCCGUGCAGAUAGAGGGUGUUUAUGCCAAAGCUCUACUUGAUAGUGGUUCUCAAGUCACCAUCUUGUAUCGAAGUUUUUACAAUGCAUAUCUGAAACACUUGCCACUGCAGCCGGUGACGAAUCUUGAAAUAUGGGGUCUGAGCUCUCACAAAUACCCAUAUGAUGGCUACUUACCGCUCAGAUUGGAGUUCACGGAGGCUGUCACAGGUGUACCUCAGGUAGUGGACGCUUUAGCCCUUGUGUGUCCUGACCCGCAGGCAAACGAAGGUAUAGCCAUUUUGGUCGGCACGAACACUCAUUUAGUGAGGAGAUUGUUCCACUCCUGUCGCGAACAGGCUGGUGACGGAUUCUUGAAUGCACUGACCAUACAUCCUGUUAUCAAAGAGGCUUUUGAGUCCAUUAAGCACACCAGUGUGUUGCCUGAGGAUGUGGAUAAGCAUGGCACCGUGUGGUUCACCAGAGCUAAACCUAUUCUUUUAAAGCCUGGGCAGGAGCUGCAGCUUUCAGGGCUACCUAAGUUCCCAGGCGAGCUCAAUGACUCCGUGGUGCUUAUUGACCAGCCUGUUAGUGCUGAUGACGCGUCUGUUCCUGAGCUCGAGGUUCGGCCUGAAGUUCAUCCUGUCUCUGCUGUAUCAUGCCGUCGAAUUACUGUUAAUGUGAGGAAUGUGUCUUCUCGCGAUGUCCUUGUGAAGAGAGGCAGUCCCCUUGCUCACAUUUUUCCAGUUGACGUGGUGCCACAGAUUCCAUCCACUUGUAGUUCUGCAGACACCAGUUCAUUUUCUUCUGCCUUUUUUGAUUUUGGCACUUCUUCUAUGCCAGAGGAGGCAAGACAGCGUCUCUGUGAGAAAAUGUUGCUGAGGAAGGAAGUGUUCUCUUGCAGUGAGUGGGAUGUUGGUUGCUCGAAAAGCACACAGCAUGACAUAAGGUUGAAUGAUUCACGACCUUUUCGAGAGCGUUCACGGCGUUUGGCUCCAGCUGAUUUGGAGGACGUGCGUCAGCAUUUGCUAGAGCUCCAGAAGCAUGACAUCAUUUCAGAAUCUCGGAGUCCUUAUGCUUCUCCCAUUGUUGUAGUGCGUAAGAAGUCUGGUAAGGUCAGGAUGUGUGUUGAUUAUAGGACGCUUAACCAGCGCACAAUCCCAGACCAGUACACAGUUCCCAGGAUCGAGGACGCCCUCCAUUGUCUCUCUGGUAGUAAGUGGUUCUCUGUGCUGGACUUGAGAAGUGGCUACUACCAGAUUCCUAUGAGUGAGGCUGACAAAGAGAAGACUGCUUUUAUCUGUCCAUUGGGGUUCUAUCAGUUUGAGCGCAUGCCUCAGGGAAUCUGUGGUGCCCCUGCCACCUUCCAGAGAGUCAUGGAGCGGACAGUCGGAGACAUGAAUUUUCUUGAAGUUCUCGUGUACUUGGAUGACCUGAUCGUUUUUGGGCGUACACUGGAGGAGCAUGAAGAGCGGCUCUUGAAGGUUCUUGACAGGCUGAAAGCUGAAGGCCUCAAGCUGUCUUUGGACAAGUGUCAGUUUGGGAGAACGUCUGUGAACUAUGUUGGGCACAUAGUUUCACAGGACGGUAUAGCCACUGACCCCUCUAAGAUAGAAGCUGUCGUGUCUUGGCCUCGACCUCAGACCGUUACGGAGCUCCGGUCAUUUUUGGGUUUCUGCGGCUAUUAUCGUAGGUUUGUGAAGGGUUUUUCAACUUUGUGUCGUCCUCUGAAUGAACUGCUUCAGGGUUGUCAGUCUCACAGGAAGAAGACUUUGAGUUCACAAGCCGCUGACCCGAAACCGUUCUUUCGGCCCUCUGAGCCCUUUGGUCCUCGAUGGAGUGAUCAGUGCGAGUCUGCUUUUCUGGAGCUGAAGCAGAGGUUGACUCAAGCGCCUGUUCUCGCUUUUGCAGAUCCCCAGAAGUCAUAUGUAUUGCAUGUGGAUGCCAGUCUGGAUGGUCUUGGUGGUGUUCUGUAUCAGGAGACUGAUGGGAGUUUGCGCCCGGUAGCUUUCAUUAGUCACAGCCUGUCUCCUUCUGAGAGGAAUUAUCCUGCUCACAAGUUGGAAUUUCUUGCUUUGAAGUGGGCAAUUGUUGACAGGCUGCAUGACUACCUUUAUGGCGCCACUUUUGAGGUCAGGACUGACAACAACCCGCUGACCUACAUCACCAAGUCUGCAAAGCUAGAUGCCACUGGUCAUCGUUGGUUGUCCGCUUUGUCCACUUACGACUUCAGCUUGAAGUACAGGCCUGGUCGGAGAAACGUGGAUGCUGACGCGCUCUCACGACGCCCUCACAUCAGUCUGUCUCCUGAUGAUGAGUGGCAAGAGAUUCCGGCUCCCGGUGUUCGAGCUAUCUGUCAGGUAGUGGCCACGCAGAGAACAGGUUCUUCUUUUUCUUGUGUGGCUGAUCAGAUUUGUAGCCACGAGUCUGCUGUUCCGACUGCUUUCUGUCAUGUUGCAGCGGUAGCACCUGACGGACUGCCUACUUUCAGUCCUGGUGAGCUUCAAGAGGCUCAGAAGAGUGAUCCAGUUCUGGGAGAAGUUUGGCAUGCUGUGAGCCUGAAGAAGCCUGCUAGUAGCAUCCUGAACAGCCAUCCCAACAUUAAGGUCCUGAAAAAGGAGUGGGCAAAAUUCUCUGUUGAUAAGGGUCUACUAUACAGGACAAUUAAGCUGAGUGACAGGCAUGUUAGACAGCUGGUGUUGCCUAAGGAACUUCGGGGUCUUGUGUGUAAGUUGCUACAUGAUGACAGUGGCCAUUUGGGGUUCGACAGGUCGUACAGUUUAGUCCGCGACAGGUUUUAUUGGCCCAGAAUGAAGCUUGACGUAGAGAAAUACUGUAAGACUUGUGAGCGCUGUAUCAAGAGGAAGACAUUACCUCAACGAGCUGCCCCUCUUUCCCACAUUCAGAGUUCAGGGCCCAUGGACCUGGUGUGUAUAGAUUUUCUUUCGAUUGAGCCUGACUCUCGAAAUGUUUGCAAUGUGUUGGUUAUCACUGACCAUUUCACACGCUACGCCCAAGCUUUUCCCACUAGGGACCAGACCGCAGUUACGGUGGCAAGGACACUGUCGGAAAAGUAUUUCAUUCAUUACGGUUUGCCCACCCGAAUACACUCUGACCAGGGAAGGGACUUUGAGAGUCGCUUGAUUUCAGAGAUGUUGGCCAUGUUGGGGGUUAGGAAGUCAAGAACGUCUCCUUACCACCCACAAGGUGAUCCUCAGCCAGAGCGAUUCAACAGGACGCUGUUGGAUAUGCUCGGCACUCUUGAGUCCCACCAAAAGUCCAAAUGGAGUGAGCAUAUUUCGCAUUUGGUGCAUGCCUACAAUUGCACUCCAAAUGAGGCAACGGGAUACUCACCCUACUUCCUGAUGUUUGGUCGUGAGGCUCGUCUUCCUGUUGACAUGUGCUUUGGAGUGUCGGCAGAUAACUCUUCGUUCUCCUCACAUUUGAAAUAUGUGACACAGCUGAAGGAGGAGUUGCAGGCUGCUUAUCAGUUAGCCCGUGCCUCCGCGAGUAGGAUGAAUGAGGGCAAUAAGACAAGGUAUGACCAGAAAGUGCGCUAUCAUAACCUGAGUUUGGGGGAUCGGGUUUUGAUUAGAAACCUGGGCCUAAAAGGGAAGCAGAAGUUGGCUGACAGGUGGAAUUCCUGCCUUUACGUGGUAGACAGUCAAUUGUCUGAUCUUCCAGUGUACAGACUCAAGCCUGUUGAUGGUAACGGCCCAGUCAAGGUGAUGCACCGUAACCAUAUCUUGCCUUUGGGACAGGAGGUAAGACUAGGUCCUGUGGUCGCCGCCGCUCCAGCCCGUGGCCCAAGGGCUGUGAAGCGUAGAUCAGCAAAGGAGAAGACUAGAACUGGUGUCUCUGAGGUGUUGCCCCCUGUGGUCUGUGCACAGUUUAGUGGGUCAGAUUCUGAUUCAGAAUAUGGUUGUUAUGCUGAGGAUGCUGUGCAACACGCUCCUCUGCCUGCUAGAUGGGUACCAGAUUCUGCUGCGCCAUGUGUCUCCACCGCUGUUAGAAGCCCCAGGUUAGUACACGCACCGAGUGAUGUAACGUUAGCUCCACCCAACACUGCACUCCCUGUCCCUCCAUAUAGGCCCUCUGAAGUAGCUGAAGACUUGGUAGCUGCAGACCGGGAGGGUAGCUCUCCUAAUGUUCCCUUGGUAGCUGCCUCAGACUCAGUACCCCUCGCCGUACCAAAAGGGAUGCUGCAGUACAGGGAGUCUAACUACCUGAACAUCUCACACACGGGCACUGAAGUGAGGACCAGGAGAAAAUGA